CGACAGCGGGCAGCAUUGGGGGAGAGAGAGAGAGAGAGAGAGAGAGGGUGAGGGAGGUGGAUGUGCAGCAGCAUGCUUCCACAGCGUGAAGAGCUCCUGCCACACACCGACCCAGCGCUUCGGCUCCUUAUUACAGCGUAAUAAUAAAAAAAAAACUCGUUUUAACGUGCAGAAACGACGCCUCCGGUUCCUCCGCACUUCCCCGCCGUGGAUGAGCGCACCAAGCGUGGAUGGUUAUGUUUGAAAAGGAGUCGGGACAACCACUGGACCAGUCGAGCGCCACAGCGAUGCCUUCCAACAAAUACUCUGCUGCUAUCAUGGAGGAGAGCAACAACAUGGCCGCCACAGCGGCGGUAAACGGAGACACGCCUCCAGUUGAGGGCCUAUCAGAGAACGACAGCGGCGUGGAGCUGACCAAUGAGAACAGCCCUCUGACGGCGGCCGAACCUCCCUCCCCCUUCAGCCCCAAACAGAACGGAGAUGCUGCCUCACCCCAAGACGAUAAUCGGUGUUCGAGUGGAAGCAGGAAGAGGAGCAAGAACGGAUCAUCGGAGGAUCACGGCAGCUGGGACUCCUGCAGCGAGAAGUCUUCGGGGUCGUCUCAGCUGGGUUUAAGGAAGCGACCGCAGCCCAGAACCAUCUUCCAGGCCGGACUGACGGCGCACAGCAAGCCCCGAAGACAGAACCGCAAGCAGGAGCAGAACACGAUGCAGUGUUCUGGAGCUCCUCGGGGACCCGCCGUCGUGUCCGAAGGCGUCCCCGAGGUUCCUCGUCUGGAGCUGAUGGAGCAGGAUUCCAAAGACUCGGCCCAGAGCACCAGCACCUCGUCCAGCUCUGAGAUCCAGCCAGAAUACAGCGACAACAAGGGUUUUGGAAUCGGCGAGCUGGUUUGGGGGAAGAUCAAAGGUUUCUCCUGGUGGCCGGGCAUCGUGGUGACGUGGAGGGCAACCGGCAAGCGGCAGGCGAGCCACGGCAUGAGGUGGCUGCAGUGGUUCGGAGACGGCAAGUUCUCCGAGGUUUCAGCCGACAAACUGGACUCCAUCACCGCUUUCUCCAAGCUCUUCAACCAGGCGUCCUACACCAAGCUGGCCUCGUACCGCAGCGCCGUCUUCCAGGCCCUGGAGAUGGCCAGCAGCCGGGCAGAGAAGACGUUUCCUCCGUGUGAAUCUGACAACCCAGAGGACCAGGUCAAACCCAUGCUGGACUGGGCCAACGGAGGCUUCCUGCCCAAAGGAGAGGAGGGCCUCAAACCCACGUACAGCGCCGACAGCAACCCUCUGGUCCUCGAUGUCUCUCCACCCGACUACUUCCCGAGUCCAAAGAGGCCCAGAUUGAGUCUGUGUAAGAGCAAGGCGGCGCCGGAGGAGUCCUGCAGCAGAGAGCAAAUGGUGAAUGAAGUUCUGAAGAAUAAAAGAAGUAUAGAAGAUUUCUGCGUCUCCUGUGGAAAGAUGAGAGCAGCAACCUUCCACCCGCUGUUUGAAGGAGGCCUGUGCCAAACGUGCAAGGACGUCUACCUGGAGAUAUCCUACAUGUACGACGACGACGGCUACCAGUCCUACUGCACCGUCUGCUGUGGAGGACGAGAACUUCUGCUGUGUGGAAUCGCCAACUGCUGCAGGUGUUUCUGCGUGGACUGCCUGGACAUCCUGGUGGAUCCGGGGGCGUCCAACAUCGCCCGCUACCAGGACCCGUGGCGCUGCUACAUGUGCCAGCCGCUGCUGCAGUACGGAGUCCUCAAACGGAGACACGACUGGAGCCUCAAGCUGCAGGAGUUCUUCGCCAACGACAAGGGACAGGAGUUUGAGAAACCAAAGAUUUACCCAGCAGUCCCUGCAGAGCAGCGACGGCCAAUCAGAGUCCUCUCCCUGUUCGACGGCAUCGCCACCGGAUACCUGGUUCUGAAGGACCUGGGCUUCAAGGUGGACCAGUACGUGGCGUCAGAGGUGUGUGAGGACUCCAUCUCUGUGGGCGUCGUCAGACAUGAAGGAAAGAUCCAGUACGUCCACGACGUCAGGAACAUCACCAAGAAAAACAUCCAGGAGUGGGGUCCGUUCGACCUGGUGAUCGGAGGAAGUCCCUGCAACGACCUGUCCAUCGUCAACCCCGCUAGAAAAGGCCUCUAUGAAGGCACAGGGAGGCUGUUCUUCGAGUUCUACCGUCUGCUGAGCGAAGCCAAGCCCAAGGAAGGGGAGGACCGGCCGUUCUUCUGGAUGUUCGAGAACGUGGUGGCCAUGGGAGUCAGCGACAAGAGGGACAUCUCACGGUUCCUGGAGUGUAACCCGGUGAUGAUCGACGCCAUCGAGGUUUCCGCCGCCCACCGAGCUCGUUACUUCUGGGGGAACCUGCCGGGGAUGAACAGCGGAUAUGGGCAGUGUGAAGGACUAAAUACGACAACGCCUCCUUGUUUCAGGCCUCUGUGUGCUUCGGGGACAGACAAGCUGGAGCUGCAGGACUGUCUGGACCACGGCAGAGUGGCAAAGUUCGGGAAGGUUCGUACCAUCACCACUCGAGCCAACUCCAUCAAACAGGGGAAGGACCAGCACUUUCCAGUCCUGAUGAACGGGAAGGAGGACAUCCUGUGGUGCACGGAGCUGGAGAGGAUCUUCGGCUUCCCGGUUCACUACACCGACGUGUCCAACAUGGGUCGCGUUGCCAGGCAGAAGCUGCUGGGCCGGUCCUGGAGCGUCCCCGUCAUCAGGCAUCUGUUCGCGCCGCUCAAAGACUACUUCGCCUGCGAAUAGACGAUGCCGGCUGCAGGUUUAGUCGGGAGCUGCAACGUUUCUCCAACUUUGGCAGCAAAAAGCCAAAAAAAAAAAUCAGUGAAAGUAGCUGUUAGUUCCUGGAUUGUGGUAAAAAAAAAUGCACUGCAGCUUAAACACACACUAACACACGUAGAGGGAAGGUAGCUGCUUCUCACUGUUCUAUCAUCCAUCACACAGUCUGGAGGGGAAACCAGCAGCUUCACUUCAACAUUAAGACUGAUUUACUUCUCCUUUUAAAGCCCUCAGAAGGUUUUAAGGUUUUAAAGCUGACACCAGCUAGUAGCUGCAGAAAACAGAGCUUUUAUUGGCUUUUCUAACAUUCGGUUGCUAAAGCGAUGAUUAAAACGAGCAGCGAAACACCAAAGUCCGCUGACGUCGAACUGCGACUGAAAUCCUUGGGUUUCAUCGAUCGAUCGAUCUAGAAAAGUCAAAACUUGAUGUUGGGUUUUUGGUUUUUGCUCCAGAUUCUGAGAUAAAACAUUUCAAACACUUGAGUUUAUCUUCGUUUUAACUGAGAAAAAUCAACAGUGGUGCUAUAAGAGGCUGGAAUUUUAGUACAAAAGGCUGGAUUUGAGUUUGAUUUAGAAAGAAAACGCUGGAUUCUUUGAGAAAACCGACGAAAGAAAAGCCUCGAUCAGUGGAGCAACACUGGAAAUACGACACAGGACUUUAACUGACAGGAUUUUUACUUUUUUAUAAGCGAAAUAGCUUAGUUUUUAUUUUUUAAAAAGAGAGAAAAAACUUGUUUUUAUUAAAGAUUCUAUUUUUUGUGUAGAUAGUGUGUGUCCCUGAUAGCUACGUACAAAUACUUGAAACAAGCCAAUGCAAAAACGGAGAGAUGCUGAAUUUAUGGUUUGUCAACCAGCUGAGGAUAGAAAUGAAUCCCGCUGUCGAUGCUUUCUGGUUUUUACUGUCGUCUCCACACAGCUGGACAGAAGUUAGCGCCACUCCAGGACUGAGUUUGUGGUUUUACAGCCGUUUCUGUUCGAGAAAGACAAAAAAAAUCUUUGGAAAACACUGAAUAUUGGUGUAAAGGAGCACUGACUACUUUUAAGAUUGAAAAAAGAGAAAUUUUGAUGAGAAGAUUGAAAGAAAAUGAUCUCAGUGACGCUGGUUGAGCUGUGUUCAACCAGUUCAGGUAUAAUUAUGGUCUAUCUUCUCCUGGAAGCCUGAAUAACUGACUUUUAAUGUUCCAAAAAAUACUGUUUUAGUCCUUCUCAGUAAAUAAAUAGCAUCUGAAAGAUAAGAUCAAAUAUUUACAGAACUUUCUGCUAAAACACUUUAUUUUGGUGCCAAACUCUAAACGCAGUCCUUUGAGAUAUCUUUGUUUUUAUGAUAUUUUUGGUAACUGGAAGACUUUAAAUGCUGUCGUACGAAAAGCAGAAGCAGAAAUAGACAAAAAACAGAUCAGUUUAAAGUUAUAAUGUGGAAAGUUUAUCGUUAAAACCAGAUGUUUUUCCAUAUUUCUAUUGUGACACAAGCAACUUUUAUUGUUAUAAAACAUUUUAUCAUGCCAAACAACAAAAACAAGACACAGAAUAAUACAGAACAACAAAAACAAGACACAAAAUUACUCAAAACAACAAAAACAAGACAAAAUUACUCAAAACAACAAAAACAGGACACAAAAUUACCCAAAGACAACAAAAACAAGACACAAAAUUAGUCAAAACAACAAAAACAGGACACAAAAUAAUCCAAAAUAACAAAAACAGGACACAAAAUGACCCAAAACAACAAAAACCGGACACAAAAUUACCCAAAACCAACAAAAACAGGACACAAAAUGACCCAAAAACAACAAAAACAAGACACAAAAUUAGUCAAAACAACAAAAACAGGACACAAAAUUACCCAAAGACAACAAAAACAAGACACAAAAUUAGUCAAAACAACAAAAACAGGACACAAAAUUACCCAAAAACAACAAAAACAGGACACAAAAUGACCCAAAACAACAAAAACCGGACACAAAAUUACCCAAAAACAACAAAAACAGGACACAAAAUGACCCAAAACAACAAAAACAGGACACAAAAUGACCCAAAAACAACAAAAACAGGACACAAAAUGACCCAAAAACAACAAAAACAAGACACAAAAUGACCCAAAAACAAGACACAAAAUGACCCAAAACAACAAAAACAGGACACAAAAUGACCCAAAAACAACAAAAACAAGACACAAAAUGACCCAAAACAACAAAAACAGGACACAAAAUGACCCAAAAACAACAAAAACAAGACACAAAAUGACCCAAAAACAAGACACAAAAUUACCCAAAACAACAAAAACAGGACACAAAAUGACCCAAAACAACAACCAAAACAUGACACAAAUGACCCAAAACAACAAAAACAGGACACAAAAUGACCCAAAAACAACAAAAACAAGACACAAAAUUACUCAAAACAACAAAAACAGGACACAAAAUUACCCAAAACAACAACCAAAACAUGACACAAAUGACCCAAAACAACAAAAACAGGACACAAAAUGACCCAAAAACAACAAAAACAGGACACAAAAUUACCCAAAAACAACAAAAACAAGACACAAAAUUACUCAAAACAACAAAAACAGGACACAAAAUGACCCAAAAACAACAAAAACAGGACACAAAAUGACCCAAAACAACAAAAACAGGACACAAAAUGACCCAAAAACAACAAAAACAAGACACAAAAUUAGUCAAAACAACAAAAACAGGACACAAAAUUACCCAAAGACAACAAAAACAAGACACAAAAUUAGUCAAAACAACAAAAACAGGACACAAAAUUACCCAAAAACAACAAAAACAGGACACAAAAUGACCCAAAACAACAAAAACCGGACACAAAAUUACCCAAAAACAACAAAAACAGGACACAAAAUGACCCAAAACAACAAAAACAGGACACAAAAUGACCCAAAAACAACAAAAACAGGACACAAAAUGACCCAAAAACAACAAAAACAAGACACAAAAUGACCCAAAAACAAGACACAAAAUGACCCAAAACAACAAAAACAGGACACAAAAUGACCCAAAAACAACAAAAACAAGACACAAAAUGACCCAAAACAACAAAAACAGGACACAAAAUGACCCAAAAACAACAAAAACAAGACACAAAAUGACCCAAAAACAAGACACAAAAUUACCCAAAACAACAAAAACAGGACACAAAAUGACCCAAAACAACAACCAAAACAUGACACAAAUGACCCAAAACAACAAAAACAGGACACAAAAUGACCCAAAACAACAAAAACAGGACACAGAAUUACCCAAAAACAACAAAAACAGGACACAAAAUUACCCAAAAACAAGACACAAAAUUACUCAAAACAACAAAAACAGGACACAAAAUGACCCAAAAACAACAAAAACAGGACACAAAAUGACCCAAAACAACAAAAACAGGACACAAAAUGACCCAAAAACAACAAAAACAGGACACAAAAUGACCCAAAACAACAAAAACAGGACACAAAAUUACCCAAAAACAACAAAAACAGGACACAAAAUGACCCAAAACAACAAAAACAGGACACAAAAUUACCCAAAAACAACAAAAACAGGACACAAAAUUACCCAGAACAACAAAAACAGGACACAAAAUGACCCAAAACAACAAAAACAGGACACAAAAUUACCCAAAAACAACAAAAACAGGACACAAAAUUACUCAAAACAACAAAAACAAGACACAAAAUUACUCAGAACAACAAAAACAAGACACAAAAUUACCCAAAACAACAAAAACAGGACACAAAAUUACCCAAAACAACAACCAAAACAAGACACAAAAUGACCCACAACAGCAAAAACAAGAUACGAAGCAACAAAAAAGCAACCAAAACAAGACACAAAUAGACUCAGAACAAUUAAAAAACAGCAAAAACAGGACACAAAAUGGCCCACAACAACAAAAACACAAUAACACAAUAAAACUUAAACUGUCAUGUGAAAUGUGAGGAAAUAUGGUUCAGAGAACAGAUAAAUACACAAAUAGCAUCAUUUAAAGGAUCAGUGGACGCAGUAACGGCAGAAUCUCAACCCAAACAUGAGGCAAAAUGUCCAAUCAGACCAUUUAAAUCACCAGUUUUCUCAAUUUAUUCAUUCUGUGUAUCAUUAUAAUACUCGUUAUAAGGUGCUGUUUGGUUCAGAGAACAGACAAAUAGAAAAAUAGCUUCAUUUAAAGGCUUCAUGGACACAAAACUUGUCCAAAUAAACAUCCAUCAUGAUCAAUGGCGGCAGAAUCUCAACCCAAACACAGAGCAGAACACCAAAUCAGACCAUUUAAAUCACCAGUUUUCCUCAUUUUAUCCAUUCUUUCUGCGAGUUAUACCGUAAUAACAUGAACCGUAUCUCACUAUGCCAGAAUAAAAAGAAUGUAUUUACACCAUGAUAGGCUCAUACUGCUGUUAAAACACUAAAGUUUCCACAUUAUGAUGUAAAAUCGAUCCGUUUUUUUUUUGUUUUUCCGCUGUUGGCUGUCACCAAAUGUAAAAGUUCAUUACCUCAGAGCUCCUGUGAAUACUUACUGUAGCCGUCUGCUCCCGUUGGCCCUGUCUGCGUACAAAUAGCUCCUCUUUAUCACUGGAUCUUUGUGUUUUGUGUACUGUAUCAAUAGAAAGUUUACAGAACUACUUUUUUUUAACACAAAAUGCACAAAAGCUGUUUUAUUUUGAUGUUUAAAUGAGCGGUUCAGUUAAAGAAAACUCUUCUAUGGUGCUUCAGAGACCUUUAAAAUGCCACCAGGAACCUUUUUCUUAUUUGAUUUUCAAGUCCUUUAAAAAAACCAAAAAGUAAGUGUUUACAUGCUUCAUUAAAACUGCUGAACCUGUUGAAUGUUUUGCUUGAAAAUUUAAAAAAAAAAACUUUCUGUAACUGCUUUUUAUAUUGGAUUUCUAUGAUAGUGUGUUUUAACUGAAAUGUGUGAUGUUUUAGUACGAUAUAGCUCACAUUAAUCAGUAGGUUUUGAUAUCUCGUGUUAUUUCUGAGUGUGUUUUUGUAGGUUUGCGUGUGAAUGAGGACUCUGUUUUCACUAUAAGCUUUUUGUGCUGUUUUCAGAAUCACAUCUUCUGCUUUUAUUGACCUUUUUAUGAAUCUCAAGUUCAAAAGCAUUUCAAGAGAACAGAUUCUUUGCUAUUUUUAUACUUUAUUUGUAUUGUUAGAGAAAAAUAUUGCUGUUUUUUAUGUUUGUGUACUUGUUAUAGCAGCCUACAUAAGAUUUUUUUACUCAAUAAAACGCUAAAAAACAGGA